AUAACAACCGGUAAUAUGUAUCCCCUAAGUUCACAGAAAAAAGUUUGGACAUUUAGCAACAUGGAUCAGUUGAAUGAGUUGCGACACAAACGUAAUCAAAACUUCAUAGAAACUCAUGGUCAAGAUAUGGAUGAACAACAUAGUGUGGAAUACUUUUUAGAUGCGUCAGAGGAACACUUGCUAAUUAAACAAUAUGAAAUUUAUUUAAAAGAUUUUUGCCGGCGUUUUGAGCCCAUGAUGCCAAAGUGUGUUGUAGGCACUGCAUUCCAUUACUUUAAAAGAUUCUACUUACACAACUCCACCAUGGACUAUCAUCCAAAAGAAAUCUUAGCCACCGUUGUAUAUUUGGCGUGUAAAGUGGAAGAAUUCAAUGUAUCGAUUGGACAGUUUGUUAGCAACAUAAAGGGGGAUCGUAACAAAGCUAUGGACAUAAUAUUGUCCAAUGAGUUGUUACUUAUGCAACAUCUCAAUUACUAUUUAACGGUGCAUAAUCCAUAUCGUCCCAUUGAGGGUUUCCUAAUAGACAUUAAGACUCGCAGUAACAUGUCAAAUCCUGAACGUUUGCGUCCCCAUAUAGAUACUUUUAUUGAGAAAACCUUCUUCACUGAUGCCUGCCUUUUGUAUGCUCCAUCACAGAUAGCCUUGGCCGCCAUAUUACAUGCAGCCGGUCGUGAGCAAGAAAAUCUCGAUAGUUAUGUGACGGAUAAUUUGUUAAAUGGUGCCAGAGAAAAGCUACCGGCCUUAAUUGAGGCCAUACGCAAAAUACGUUUAAUGGUUAAACAGUAUGAAAUUCCACCUAGAGAUCAAGUGAAAGCUAUUGAAAAGAAAUUGGAAAAAUGUCGCAAUCAGGAAAAUAAUCCAGAUAGUGAAGUUUACAAGGAGCGCAUGCGCAAAAUGUAUUGUGAUGAUGAUUUAGAUGUUGUCGAAGACACAUCAUAUCACAUAGCGGACUCCAGUGCAGAUAUGUCCGUGCUAAAUAUGAGCCAAUAGCUGAAAUAACCAUGUUUUCUACUUGUUUAGUCUAUAUUUUUUUAUGUUAAAACAACCGAAUAAAAUUUUUAAAAUUAAAAAUAA